GAACAUGGUGUUGAAAAAGUCCAUUAUCUCCAACAAGGGCCACUUGAAACCGAAAUUCGAAGCUUGGUUUAUAUUUGCAGACCACAAAUACUUUAUAUGAAAUAUAUAGCCGAACACAUCCAGCAUCACCAAAAUGAAUACGUAGAGAAUCCCAACGCUGAAAAAUAUGAAUAUACCCUCUUUUUUGUUCCACGUCGAACAAUGAUCUGUCAAAAAGUUUUAGAAGAAGCUGGGGUCUUUG